AUGCCAGACCUCACUGCCGCCGAGCUCAGCAUUCCGGCCGAGCAGCACCCCGAUCCCGCAAAGCCACUGGUGAUACCCGUCGACUCAACAGUGGUGGGCUCAACCCUGCGCUUCAUUCCGUGGUCUGUGGUGGGCAAUCCGGCCUUCCUCCAGCUGCCCCCUCCUCCUCCGGGGAUGCAACCGUCGUGGGUCCAGAUUCCGCAGUGGGUCGCCAUCAGUGCGCUGCUCCCCUUCAGUGAGCCCGAGCCCGCUGUGGCCACCCACUUUGACAGGCUCAGCGUCUUGCGGCUGGCCGUAUUGGCCGCGGCUUGGCGCCGCAUCCUCGGCGCCUUGUCCGACCUCGGCGUUUUCAGCACGGUGCACGUGGAUGAGGAUGCGUUCCGUACGGUGUGCAUCCAGGCUCUGCACUCCCGCCAAAUCCCGGUGCCCGAGCUCUAUCUGCAGUGGGGCGAUUUGGGGUACUCUGAGGCGAUCACACCCUUGGGACCAGCGCCAUCUGCAGAAGCAAAGGCCGUCGACUUCUUGCAGUACGCGACAGUCGGGGCUCUUUGCGACCCUACGGCCGACGUCCCGUUCGCAGCCCUGUCUGACAUGACCCGCUGCUUGGGGCCCGUCUUCACGGCGGCAGCGCGCGUCGAUCCCAUGGGGAGCGCCGUCGUGGGGGCUGCAUCGCUCGCCGCCGCCGCUGGAGGCGACCGCUGGCCCUCUCCUGUCGGACUGAUGGCCCGAAACAACUACCAAGACUUUGUCGAGCUCAACGUCUCUACCUGUGGCGCGACCGACGCAACUGCGGAGGUGUUAACUGCUGUCGGCAACAGCCAGCCGGAGGGCAACCUCAGGCAAGCGUGGGCGCUGCCCAAGCGGAUCGCCGGCAACUAG